UUCGUUUGUAUCUAAUCCCUACAUAAAGUAAGAGUUAGUUUGAAUUUCAUUUCAGUGUAAAUAAGUUGCAUUUUCCGCGUAUCAGGAUACAAAAUGCUCUUAAAAACAACACCGCUUCUUCUGUGCAUUUUAAACGUUUGCUUAGCCGGAGAUAUUAUCGAAGACUUAGAGGAGGGCGAAUGCAAAGUAUACAGUUCUUGUGCAUCGUGCUUAACGAGCGAGUCCUGCACCUGGUGUGUCACAAAAAGCAGAUGCACGCGGCAAGCAUGCGGCAAUGAUAACGUUAUAUACCCGAGCGGCGUACCUGCGCUCAUGUCGGGCCCAGAUUUCUGCCCUAGAGUUGAUGGAUCAAAGCCGUUCAUCCUCAAAAGCGGGCGAAAACACAUACUCGAGGUCAUGAUCACCCAAAUUUAUUUAUACAUGGCGUUCACUCCUUGGAAAUGUAAAAUCUCGUUGAACGGCAAAGAGGACAUCGUGCCGGCGGUGCUCACCGCGAAUAAAGUGUACUGCGAGUCAAUGGAAUUUGUAAACGAUAGUGAGGAGCCGUAUAUGCAAGGCAGUGUGGCAGUCAUGUGGAAUUACAAUAAGGCCUUUGACGGUUCCGUCCCCAUCAAAGUUUGCCGCUGCGAUCUCGCUCUAGAUUGUACCGCGUGUAGGAAUAAGUAAAUCGCUUUAUUUACCAUGAUACAAUAAUAUUAAAAAAUGAUACACUGUAUAAGUACGUAAGAGUAUUGUCUUUCGUAUUUCAUUCAUUAAUCUUUAUAUACAGUCAUUGAAUAAUAUCUUUUAAUGCGAAGGACUUAUAAUAUAUUAUUAUCUUAAAACGAGCUAGAUAGAUAGAUGACUGAUAAUAACGGUUGUAAAGAAAUGUAAUGUAAUCUGAAUAUGCCUUCGACACACCAAAUUAGACUUGUAGAGGUCAAAAAAUAUUCAUUCGGAAGAAUAGGUGAAGGACAAUUUCUUAACUAGAUGUUAUUGUCGGGUUAGCCGUAAUUCUGAGUUGAUAGGAAUAUUUUUCUUUAAAAUUUCGCAAAGUCAGUCUGUACUGCUCAUGUAGGACAAUGCACUAUUGACUAUAUCAUUAUCAAUAUCAUUAUCAACAUCAUUAAAUCAUUUGAAUCAUCAUUAUCAAUAAACUUUUCUUAAAGUCAAAACUGUUCCUAGUUCUAUAAUAUCAUCUGUAUCAAACAAAAUACGAGUAAUCCUAUCCUUAUCUUUAUCCUAAUAAAGCGGUUUAAAAUCUAUAGAUA